AAUUAGGUCGCAGGGAAGCAGGGGGAGAUAGAAGGAAGAUGGCAUACACGAAGGAACCCGACCAACUGUCCAUAAAAACCAACGUGGAUCUGCUCAAAGAGAGACAGACUGCAACUUUUGAUGUUGCAUCAUUAACUCAAAUACUUGAUGGAGGAAAAGCCAAGACUAGACGAAGAAAGCAGUUGGAAAGCCUGGUCCUAAGUGACCCUACACUUAAUCCACUGGACCGGUCAGUUGACCGAUUGGAGCUGUACGACAGAAGCCUUAGGAAGGCAGCCCGGGUCUAUGAACUGAAAGUAAAACACAACUGGAGUCCUGAAGAUAUGAAGAUGGUGCUGAGAAUGCUGAAUGACGAACAUGCCCUGGGAGUCCACGAAGUGAUGUUCAUUCCCUGUAUAGAGAGACUGGGCACAGCAGCUCAGAGAGCAAAGUGGCUACCAAGGGCUCACACACUGGAAAUCAUUGGAACCUAUGCACAGACUGAAUUAGGGCAUGGUACCAAUUUGGCUGGUCUUGAAACAACUGCCACCUAUGAGCCAUCCUCUGGCCAGUUUAUCUUGAACACGCCAACACUGAGUGCUAUGAAAUGGUGGCCUGGGAACUUGGCAAAGACAGCAAACCACGCCUUAGUGUUGGCCCAGCUUUGGAUUGCUGGGAAGAAGUUUGGGAUGCAGGCCUUCAUGGUUCAGUUAAGAAGUCUGGAAGACCACACGCUGUUGCCAGGUAUUGAGACAGGAGACAUAGGGCCCAAGAUGGGGGUCCCAUACACAGACAAUGGCUACCUAAUCCUGAAAAAUGUCAGAAUACCUAGAGAUCACAUGCUGGCUGGAUUUGCUAAGGUAUCUGCAGAUGGCCAGUUCAGCAAGGUAGGAUCAGACCAAGUCAACUACCUGACCAUGGUGUAUGUGAGAGCGAAGAUUGUUGACUGGGCUUUCAAUGGGGUGUCAGAAGCUGUUACCAUAGCAACCAGAUAUAGUGCUGCUCGAAGACAGGGAUCCAUGAAACCAGGAGAUCCCGAGGUGCAGAUCAUGGAUUAUAUGACACAGCAAUACAAGUUGUUCCCAGCACUGGCAGCAGCAUAUGCACUGUUCUUUGCCAAAGAGCAAAUAAUGAAGGAGUAUGUCAGGGUGACUAAGGAGAUUCAAGAGGAUAGCAAUUUUAAAUCUCUCCCAGAGUUUCAUGGAAUUCUAUGUGGAAUGAAAGCUCUAAGCACAACAACGGCAGUUGAGGAAAUUGAGGUGUUGCAUCGAGGGUGUGGCGGACACGGCUACUUGGUUAGCUCUGGGCUGCCUGGUUUGCUAGGGUUUCAUCUUGUCUUAUUCACUGGAGAGGGCGAGAAUACUGUGUUAUACCUGCAGAGUGCCAGGUAUCUCAUGAAGAGUUUUGCCAAGUCCACAAUGGGUCAACCACUGCCUGCCACCGUCCAGUAUCUUUCCAGGGACUGGUCAAGUUAUGAAUGUCCAGUUCGUAGUGAGAGAGACUGUUUGAAUCACAAUGUCAUCAGUGAUAUCCAUCUUAAGAGAGCCAGCUAUCUGGUCAAGAGAGCCGCUGACCACUUACAGAGAAGACUGAGCGCAGGUGACCCCCAGCACGUGGCCUGGAACAGAGCAUCCAUUGACCUUGUAACAGCAGCAGUGGGACACGCUCAGGCAUUUGUUGUAUGUAACUUCUGCACCAGCCUGAGUCAGUUGGAUGCAGACACCCAGAUCCUUGAAGUGCUGUCAACUCUGUGCUCCUUCUAUGGUCUACACUUGAUCAUCAAACAUUCCGGGGAAUUCCUAGAGGCUGGCUCCAUUAGCGGUAAUCAGCUGGAGUUGAUACGGAGACAGGAACAGGCUUUGCUUGCUGUGAUAAGACCCAAUGCCGUAGCACUCUGUGAUGCCUUUGACUACCAUGAUGUGACCCUGAACUCCGCUCUGGGAGGCUAUGAUGGCAAUGUUUAUGAAGAGCUUUAUGGACGUGCCAAGCAAUGUGUGCUCAACAAAACUGAAGUUUUACCCAGCUACUACAAGCAUAUCCAACCACUGCAGAGACGACUCAAGGCAAGAUUAUGAUAUGCAGUCUCACCGCCAUUUUGAGAUGAUCAGAAGUCAAAGUCAUGAUUUCCAUAUUAGUGAAAAGCAAAAAAUGAACUUGAAUUUUAAUCCUUUUAGUAUGCUGUUCCAUAUGAUGCUUUUACUGGCCAAGAGGUACAUAAUAGUAUAUGCUGAUCUAUUUAAACUUAGCAUUCCUUUGAUAAUUAUUACCCAUUGAUUUUUAGAAAAUUAUCCACUUUUAUCUCUAUGCCCGAAUGUCUUUGCCAUCAGGAGUGGAAUUGAAAUCUGGGACAUAAUUUUUAACUUUUCAGAGUUUUGGCAAUUAAUAGAUUCCAUACUUAGGUCUUUCUACUCCUAUAUUUUCUGCUUUUAUAUAUUAAUUAGAAAAGUAAUACCUCAUUUUCUGGGCCAACUGUGUUGAUUUUUUUUUUCAGUUUGAAAACAUGAAGACUGUGAGUGCUUUUAUUUGGCACAUUAUACUGCAGUGCAGGCAGUAUUGUUAAAUUGUUUUUUCUCUAAGAGUAAGCCAGUACUUUUCCUCAGACUUACCUUUAUCACAUUAUUUUAAAAAAGAUUUUGAUAUUGUUUUGCUUGUAAGCCCUGUGUGGUAUUGUACAUUGAAAACAUGAAUAGUUUUAAAUGCCAACUUAAUUGUAUGUUUUAAUGUUUAAAAUAUUGUUAGAUAUAUUUUAUAUUUGAAAGAAGAUUUUUAAAAAGAAAAAAAAUAAGACUUAUUUUAAAGCAGUAAACUGAAACAACAUGUUGUGUCGAGUUUCACACCUGUAAUCUGAAGCACUUCUUUAGAAUUUUGCGACAAGAUUAAUUUACAGUAUUGUAUAUUUAUUUAUAUUCAACGCAAUGUUUUUUUUAACAAAUAAAGGGCAUGGGAUCAUAAUUCUUUAAGAAAUUGAUGUCAAAAGUAUUUUAAAUAAUUGAUAAA